CGGCGGCCUUCCUCACCGCGAGCGUGGGCUUCAUUUGCGACCCUAGCAAGGAAUGCCGAGAUCUUUGCGCCAAGUAUCCCGAUUGCAAGUCUUACUCAAUCAACUUUGCAGGAGGUUGCUUGCUGUACCCCGGAACCAUCUCCGAAAUUGUGGACGAAAGCACCAGCGGACAAUUCUUCUACGAUAUGAGCUGCAGUGAAUGCGGCUCAGGCAACCUGGGAUACUUUAAUUACGUGACCCAGCUGCAGACCGACGUGUCCGCUGUGAAUGAAUGCCCGGCGGUUACAUCGGUAUCGUCGAGCUCUUCAAUUCUGUCCACGACCUUGACCUCGACCUUCGUUUCGACAAGCAGCAGUGUCAGCAGCAACAUCGACACUACCACCACGCCCGGCGCCUCUACAACGCCCUCGACCACCACUUCGUCCACUUCGACCACCUCCUACUCUUGCCCCGCUGGCAUUAGCUAUCCCGGAGCUUGCUACAGUGCCACCCCAACCAGCUCUGGUUCAAUUUGCGGGAAGAGAGGCGACGUCCCGUUGACUGAUGCCUAUGGUGUGUCAAGCAAGGACUGGGCGCAGAACUCGGUACGAGACUGCGCUCUGUACUGCGAGCUGCAAGGUUCUCAGUGCAGCGCCUACGGAUGGAGCGAUGAGGAUACGGUGGGCAUGCCUUGCCGCUUCAUACAUGACAGCGUGACCGCGUCUGGUUUCAGCGAGGACUCUUCGUGGGCUACUACCUGGUACGAUAUGGGCUGCGUGACUUGCAUUAUGUGCGAAGCUUCCACAGCGACCUCGACCACAUCGGCUGCUACAUCUACGUCGACCUGCGCUCUGAAUAACGGCGAAGGAUGCACCUCGAAGAUUCUAGUCGAAGCUGGAUACUACUGCAACCAAGCUGGCACCGUUCAACAGGAGGCAUAUGCUUAUUCCAACACCGACUAUCCGUUCCAGGGAUCGGCGAAGCAGUGCGCAGCCAUCUGUGCCCAGAAGACGGGCUGCAAGGCAUCAUCAUAUGACUCCUCCCGCAGUUCGUUCCAGUGCUCCUUCAUCAGCUCAUCUCUCCAGAGUGCCGGUUUCUCGGCGUCUGCUGGGUCGUCUAGGUGGAGCGACCAGGCGUGCUGGGAUUGCCCUAGCUGUUCCGGUGCAGGUUCGUCUACGUCGGCUUCGACUACUCCUGGCGCUUCCACUCCAGGCGCUUCCACUCCCGGCGCUUCGACUUCAAGUGCUCCGAUUUCAUAUAUUUCCACUCCAGGUGCUUCCACACCCACGGCCUCUACGACAUUCGCAACGUCAACUUUUUCGCCGGAAACAACUCCAGGCGACGACACGUCGUUGUCCACGACUCCUACACCCAGCCAGACGAGCUCCACGUCAACCACCAGCCAAGCCGCUGCCCCCACAUCUUGCGUCGCCACAGUAUCCCUCACUGACGAUGUUACCUGCGGGCUCCCUGGAACGGGAGGUAACCAGGCACAGUCAAAUUACCUCACGAGCUAUGUGAUCAAACCGGUUGCCAACCUAAGCGCCUGCGGCCAGGUUUGCCUAGACCGAGCGGAUUGUCUCGGGUUUCAGUACGUGAGCGACACUAAGGUCUGCUAUCCUUACCGCAUCGGGACCAGCGGCCUGGGCCUGACCUAUGUUCCGAGCUCCAAAUCGAGGUUCUACGAUAGAGACUGCUAUGUUUGCGGUUGAGUAGACGUCUAUAGUCAUGUAAAUAUUUGCCACCGC